AUGAUCGCGUCGAAAGUAUAUCGAAAAUUUGAUCUGCUGGAGACUUAUCCUGCUUCGGAUAAUGAGGGAAGUGGACUUGACAGCACGCGAAUCCGUUCGACUGCGAGCAUUUUGAUGACCUCUUCAAAAGAUCAAGCGACAUCUUCUACAAAGCCUAAGCCUAAGCAUAAGCAUGUCCAUGAGAAUGGGAAAGGACUUUCGAAUGGUUGCCCAUGGAUUCCCUGGCCUCAGUGGCGAGAAGGAGAGCCCAAAACAAAAAAUUACAAGACACCAGAUAUUGGUUGGACAGAAUUCUCUAGAAAAAAUCGAGAUGGAACAAGUUACGAAUACCUCAACACGAUUCUACAGCGUCCCGGCACCCCAAUGAACAGGAGUCUUGUCAAGACACCAUUACGGCAGAUUUUACCAACUGUCUUGAAAGGAGUAAAGGGUCACCCUACGAUGUUGAAACAUUCACUGACAGUUCUGUGGAGGCUCGGUCAAAUCCAAUCCAACCUCGACUAUAAUGGUGCCGCAGUAUUCAUCAAUAUCACUGGAGCAGGAGCCAGAGACGACACUGCUUUUUUCCGCCUGUACAUGGGUCAAGAUGAUAUUUUGGAGCUUGUACACAAUAUUCAAGAGAAGUUGGGUACUCUCUUGUUCCAAACGCUACCAACGAAGACUCUUCAUCAAUUUGAGAUUGAGCCCAAGUUUCCGAACAUUCACUGCAAUGUUCUAUCCCAUCUACUCCAAAGCCAGGGCAACAGAUGGGAAGCGAAAUACAUCGAGGAAGCUAUGAAAUUUCUCCAGGAGACAGAUGAUCCCGAGAUCUUACAACACUAUCAGGAACACGCUGGUCAAGAUCCACUGAAGACCCUCAUCAUAGAACGUGCGCUGGAGAAAAGAGGUGGAGUGGCCCACACCUUUGAGACUUUGCCAGAAUCGAUCAAGAACUACCUAUCGCCAAGGGGCUUCACUGAUAGGAAUGAGGUCGAAGCAAUAAUCGCGCGCGGCGCGACGCUCGUGCUCUCCAUUCUGAUGAUUAUGUCAAGUCUCGGCAACGCUACCAAGCACGCAUUGAACGACCAUGAACACAUCAAGCAAUACCGCCUACAGGAGACUUACGAAAAUCACCAUUCUGAUGAUUAUGUCAAGUCUCGGCAACGCUACCAAGCACGCAUUGAACGACCAUGA